AUGGCUCAGAGACGCCCAACGAACACGUAUCCUUGGUCCCAAAGAAAACUUCGUCAAACUAAUCCAUUUCCGAGAUUUGAACAUUCUGCUAGCGAUGCUUCAACUAAUAAUGAAAUAUUUAUCUUUGGCGGAAUUUUUCAAGGCCAAACUACAAAUGAGGUCUAUGUAAUCGAAACAAGCUCAUUAAAUGUUCAUAACAUUAUUACUUCGGGUGAUAUACCUUCUCCACGAACAGGACACACUCACGUUAUUAUGGGAUCAAUCAUGAUCGUAUUCGGUGGACUAACUCUCGAACAGAAAAUGGAUGAUAAUCUUUAUGUACUUGAUAUAGCAACAAAGAAGUGGAAGCAACUUUCAGUGCAAUCACCACCACGUGGAAGACACGGUCAUUCUAUUACAGUAAUUGGAACAAAAAUAUACAUAUUCGGUGGUCAAACAGAAGAAGGUUAUUCAAAUGAAUUAAUUGUCUUUGACAUGGGAAUAUAUAACUCUUCAAAUGCAACCUGGGAAUUUGCCACACCAAAAAGUCCGCUUCCACCUGGAAGAACUGCACAUAUAUCAUGUGCAUAUGAAGAUAAAAUUUACAUGUUCGGUGGAAUGGAUGGUGACAGGUGUUACAACGACAUGUGGUGUUACGAUAUAAAUGACAACACGUGGUCACAACUGUCUUGCAUUGGAUUAAUUCCUUUUCCACGAAAAUAUCAUGGUGCUACCAUCGUCGAUGGAAUCAUAUACAUUUUCGGUGGCACAGAUCAAGAAGGUAAAGAAUUGGGCGAUUUAACCUCAUUUCAAAUAAGUACGCAAAGAUGGUAUAUGUUUCAAAAAAUGGGUCCGGCACCAAGUCCUCGAUAUUUACAUACCAUGAGUGCGGAAAAUGAAAAGAUAUUUGUUUUUGGUGGUGAAUCGAAUCAAUCGUCAAAACCUGAUGAAGAUGGGAUUAUUCAUAUUCUAGAUACAUCUAGGAUAAGAUAUCCUAGCCAAGAAUCUUCGCAGUCUCAACAACAACAAUUGCUAUCUCAGCAACAAAUGUCUUCACAAAUUCCUCAACAACAAAUGUCAUCGCAAAUUCCUCAACAACAAAUUCCUCAACAACAAAUUCCUCAACAACAAAUUCUUCAGCAACAAAUGUCUCAACAACAAAUUCCUCAACAGCAAAUUCUUCAACAACAAAUGUCUCAACAACAAAUUCCUCAACAGCAAAUUCUUCAACAAAAAAUGUCUCAACAGCAAGUUCUUCAACAACAAAUACCUCAACAACAAAUACAUCAGCAGCAACAAAUAAUAUCUCCAUAUCCGACUCCUGUAACGUCCCCUACUAAACAACAAUCUAUCUCGCAGAGAAAUCACCAAAUGUCUCCGAAGCAAGAAUUCUCUCCUUAUGGUUUUAAUUCUCCUACAUCUGAUAAUAAAAUAGUGACUCAAUCACCAAAGAGCUAUCAAUCACCUGAAACCAUGGAUUCUUUAGAAUCUCCAAUACAUGUUUCACCUAAUACGCGUAUUAACAGGGGUCCUCUUCCAGAAAAUGUUGUUUACAUGGAACGACAACGUUCAAAUUCUCCUCAAUUACGUAACCUAGAAAACGUUCGUAAACAAACUUCUUCACCGAUUACGGCUCGUCAAUCUCCGACAAGUUUUGAUCAUCAACGUACCAAUUCUAAUUCACCAAAAUUAUUUAAUAGAAGUAGAAUUAGUACUGAUAAUGCUUAUAAUUUUCCUGUAAUGAGGGUACGAACUCAGCAUAGUUUGGAUAAUUUACGAAAUCCCGAAUUUUAUCAACAAAAUGAUUUCAGAAAUCAACGUCCAAUGAUAAGGCCACCAAGUGGUUAUAUUAUACAACCUGAUGGAUAUGAUCCUAAUUUAAUGUCAGGAAAUUUUCAACCAGGAAUGCUUCAAAAUCCAAAUUAUCAAACUUUUCCAAAAAAUACAAGUUCUUAUAUAGAAAGUACUAUAUCAUCACCAACUAUACCACCUGAAGGUCAUUAUAGAAUGUCGGAUACUGUUGAUCAUUCUUCGGCUAAUAUAAUGAAUGUGGAAUAUAGUGAAUUUAUGCAAGUACUUGAACAAAGAGAUAUUUUAAUUAAAACUUUAUCAAAACGUGAAAUGUGGUUAAAAGCUGAACUUGCUAUAGCUAGAAAAUCUGGUUAUACUAUUGAUCAAAUUGAAUUUGAAGGUGAUAAUUCAGAAAAAGUUGAUUUAGAUCAAUUAAUAGAUAAUACUGAUAAAAGUUCCGAAAAAUUCUCUGUUUUAUUGAAUAUUGUCAAAAUCAAGCAGGAAUUGAUGCAAUCCAAGGCAAACAUAGUUACUCAAGCACAAUCUGCAUCACAAAAGAUUACAGAUUCCGAAAAAAUAAGAACAGCUGCAUUACAAGAAGCAGCAUAUUUUAAAGCGAAACUUGCAGCUUUAAAAAAUCAAUCAAAAUCUGAUUUAAUAAUAAUUGAAUCAGAAAGAAAUAAUGAAUUAGAAAAACGUUUAAUGAAUUCAUUAAAUGAAAAAGAAUCUGUUCAAAUAAAAUUUUUACAAUUACAACAAGAUUUUAAUGAUGCAAAAAUUUCAAGAGAAUCAUCUGAAGAACGUGCAAAAAUGGCAGUUGAAAGAGCUGAAGAAGCUGAAAAUUCUCAUGCAAGAUCAUUAACAGAAUUAGCUGCUUUACAUUCAAGAGCUACAGCUGCAGAAACUGAAUUAAGAGAUGUUAAAGGACAAUUAUUAAAUUCAAAUAUGGAAUUAAAAAAAUCUCAAAAUAUUAAUGAACAAUCACAAGUACAAAUAACUUCAUUACAACAAUCUGUUGAUAAUCUUAAGAGAACUCUUGAAAAAGCAAAUAGUGCAAUGACUACAGCAAGUAAACGUGCAAGUGAAUCUGAAAGUUUAUGGAAACAAGCUCAACAAGAUAUUGCAAAUUUAGAAAAAGAAUCUGCAGGUCUUCGAUCACAAUUAGAUGUUAGAAUGAGAGAUUUAAGUCGUGCAGCUGAAAAAGCUAAUAAUUUAGAAAAAUUAUUAGAAGAAGAACAUAAAGCAAAUGCUACACUUCGAGAGAUGAUGGAAGAUGGUGUUAAUAAAUUAUUAAAUAGUCCCGUAGAUGAUAAUUCAACUAAAUCGAAUGAAAAUUCAAAUAUGGCACAACUUGAGCAAGAAAUUGCUGUAUUAAAGAAUAUUAAUGAAGAAUCUCAAAAAUCUGCAAAUGACGCUGCUAAUUCUUUAUUAAGUGCUAAAGUUAAAAUUGUACAAAUGGAAUCAAUUAUAAUGAAAGCAAGAUCCGAAAAUACUACAUUACAACGACAAUUGGCUGAAGCUUCGGAAGAAGUUAUACGAACAAAAGGAAAAUUAAGUGAGAAAGAACGUCUCUUGCAAGAAAAAUCUCGUAUACUUGAAGAUACAGAAGUUAAAAUUGGAAUGAUGAGAGAUGUUAUGUCUGAACGUGGAAUUUUAGAUGAUGGUAGUGGUAAUUCAGGUGCUGAUAAAGUUAAAGAAAUGGCAGCACAAUGUGAAAAAUUAGAAGCUUUACAUGCAAAGACUCAGAAUGAUCUUAAAAUAUCUAUAAGAAAAUAUCAAGAAGCGUUGAAAAACGUUCAAGAAGCUGAAAAUAAAUCACAAGCACUCGAAAAGGAACUUGAGAGAACAAAUGAAA